AUGGCUUCAAACAAGCAGGGGAAGAUGCAAAAUCUCAUCAAUUAUAGGAUGAGGGUCACUUUGACCGAUGGACGACAGAUGACGGGCCAAAUGCUUGCAUUCGAUAAGCACAUGAACCUCGUUCUCGCAGAUACUGAAGAGUUCCGCCGAGUAAAGAAGAAGUCCGGCAAGGGCGGGCAGGCUGCACCUGGCAGCAGCAGCACUACUCAGUUGGUCGAGGCAGAAGAGAAACGAACGCUUGGGCUUACAAUUGUACGCGGAACACAUGUUGUGUCAUGUUCGGUAGAUGGCCCACCGCCCGCAGAGCCAGCCGCUAGAUUAGGAACAACUGCUGCCGGCCUUGCAGGUGUCUCUGCCACGCUGGCUGCUGGGCCUGGAAUUAGCAAACCCGCCGGACGAGGGCUGCCCGUUGGACUCGGUGGACCAGCUGCUGGCGUUGGAGGACCACCACCACCUGCUGGGUUUGGCGCAUUCCCACCGCCGGCAGGAUUCCCUGGUGGCCCUCCUCCUGGUUUUGGAGGUCGAGGCGGCCCUCCUGGAGGACCACCCGGAUUUGGACCACCACCCGGCUUCCAGCCUCCGGGUCAAGGGAGAGGCUUCCCACCUGGCAUGGGCGGACGAUGA